AUGUCCGAGUACGAUUUAUAUUUUUCCACGUCGUCCAGUGCAGAAUCUGGCUCGUUCAAACUCAUCGAACUGCCACCCGACCUUUGCAAAUUAAUUGAAAGCUCCAUCGAAGGUUCAAAUCCUCUCCGGUUCACAGUUCGAGGCCAAACAGGCGAAGAUGCCGUCUUGUGUACGAACGACACGACAUACACCAUGCGCUCGGUCGUUCUAUCCAAUUCUGUUCUUGUCGUCACGCCACCCAACGCGUCCGAUCUCGAUUUCUCCGACGACAGCAUCGUUAUACGCGACCAAGUGAAUGAAAUCCUUGAACUGGCACCUACUGUUCCCAGACUGCAUAAGCUUUCGGCUAUGCUGAGGGGAAAUGAAUACGAUGAACAGUCAGCCGAGGAGGAUAUGGAUGAUGACCAGGAGAUAAAUAGGAACAAAUUCAUGUAUGAGGAUGUGCGUGGUGUUAUCCAGGCCAGUGAUACGGAAUUAUCGCGUGGACUUCGAGACAUGCAUAUCUUGAUCAUCAACGGUGAACUGAGACCCGUCGCACCUGCCUACCUCAAGAGUAUACUGGAGAUGAUUCUCAACCUUCUAGUCUCACAUUCAUUAUCCCACACUGCAGUCAGUGUCGAAGUUCUCUCAUCGGCACUCGCGGAUGUGCACGAGGUUCCCCGGACAGUAUCGACCCAAGUCAUGGGCUGGUUCGGUGAGAUACGCCAAGGAAUCUGGAAAAUGGAUGUGACGAGCGUGGUACGAGAAGUUGGCUUAAGUAUAUUACGGCCGUUCAAGGAUGACCCUAUUGCCGAAGACCAACUCUUGGCAACUUGGAAAUCAGUCGUCGGUGAUACUUUUGAAUCAUUUGUGUCUGUGGAGCUUCUAUCUGGUAACUAUCUUACGGCGCCAUCAAGAAACGACCUCAUCAGAUAUUUCCCAUCGUCCGCUUUGCCCGUGGAACCUGCGCCUCGCUUCGCAGAUCUUUUCCUCUCACGGUCGCGUUGGAAGGCCGAGGACAUUGCACCGUUUCUUGCCGACAUUGCUAUAAAUUCCAAAGAGAGAGAUAAAUUACUCCUAAAGUACGCUAGGUCGAUAAAUGACUCCGGGACUGUGUGGUACACAUCUAGAGCCCAGUAUAACGGAUAA